AUGGACACCGUCGUCUACCUCGCACUUUUCGUUCUGGGCGCCGUAUUUGUUGUAAGCCUUAUCGUAUUAUUGGCCAUGUGCAAGCGGCGUCGGUUUCGGUUGAAACACCUCCGACAGAACCCAAGAUUCUCAAAACUGCACAACGAUAGCCUGGACGGUAUCGUCCAAUUGACACCACUGCUGGCGAUGGCAUUGGAACGGAAUGGCUGGGUGUAUGAUGUUGGGGGAUUAUUGCAACAUUGCGUUGCCGUACUCCAGCUCGCCCAUUCGCUUUCCGAGCAGUUGGCCACUCAAUCGAUGGCCCAAUCCUCGCCCCAGCUGCAACAUCUCGUCAGCGAGGCCACCCAUCGGGUGAUGCCCAGAUUCGAUGAUCUUCUCUCCUCCGUCGCCAGUCCAAAGGUGGACGUGCGAAUUCUGGAGGCUCGGGCAUCGGCGUUGGCUACGGUAUGCUGGAGUCUCGCGAUGCCCUUCACGCUUGCUCAUCCCAAUAUGAAGGAGAAGCUAGCCGAGCCUCUCCAAAGUAUGGAGCAACACCUCGAAGCGUUGAGCGCCGCUGCCCGCCUUGCCGAGCAGUCGGAUACCGGAAAGGUGGACAUCGACUGGAAGACGUGCGGUCAGGGACCGGAAGGAGAUGACGAAGGGACAUCUGGUAUCCAUCCAUCGCCAUCUCCAUCUUCUCCCCCUCCACGCCAAUCUGCUGCUCAUAUCACGCAGACGGCUCUUCCUCCUCAUGUUUCGAGUGCCGCUCCACCGGCUAGCGAAGCUGCACCAACAACUACCAUCUGUAUUACGGAGACCGCGCCGUUGUUGGAGCGACUCCGCGAAAACGACGCCGCCUCCCCCAACGGCCAUCCCGCAGAUCCGGUGGCG